AUGCCAUGGGGUAGAGUAAUUCUUGCACUGAUGGUGAUGAGCCUGAGAAGGACUGAAAGCUUCCCAAACAACAAACUCGAGGACAUUGAAGAGGAUGUUCAACCAGACGAUUUUGACCUAACGUUACUGGAGGAUGAAACAGACGGCAAAAAUGCGUCUGAGUGCGACCGUUGUUCGCCAGAGCUGUGUCCCGUGGCAGCGGGCUGCAGAGCAGGAGUUGUCUUGGACAGCUGCGGCUGUUGCCCUGAGUGCGGGAAUUUGGAGGGACAGUCGUGCGAUCUGGACUCCAGAAACAGCUUUUACGGUGUCUGUGGUUCAGAUCUUCAGUGCAAAAUCGACAUCUCAGAUCUGGGACGGGGAGAGGUUCCCGAGCCACAGUGUGUAUGUAAAUUUCAAGAGGCAGUGUGUGGUUCGGACGGCAGAACGUAUAUGAACAUUUGUCAGUUUAAAGAGGCUGCGUUCUCUACGGCUGGACUGAGUAUUAAGGGCAACGGUCCCUGCCAAACAGUUCCACUGAUUAAGGUUCCACCACAUAACAUUGUAAACGCGACCGGCAGCAGCAUGUCGUUCCUGUGCGAGGUCUUCGCAUAUCCGAUGGCGUUAAUUGAAUGGAGGAAGGAUGGUAAUGACGUAAUUCUCCCGGGAGAUGACCCUCACAUUUCUGUACAGUCACGAGGAGGUCCCAUGAAGUACGAGCUGUCCAGCUGGCUCCAGAUUGAGGACCUUGCCCCAGGCGAUGCGGGCACAUACCGCUGUGUGGCCCACAAUGCGAUGGGUAGUGUCUCUGCAUCGGCUGUGCUGGGAGUGCUGGGGCCAGAUGAGAUGUCUGCCUAUUUAUCGGAGAACAUGUCAGAAAUGUUUGGAUAUGACCAUUCAAGAGACUAUGAUGAAGACUACUACUAAUCCCC